AUGGUGCAGCUGGACUGUAUCCAGGAGGUAUAUGUGGAUCACACCUGGCAUCUGUCCACCCUGGCCAUGUUUGCUCCUCUCCUGGGCCAGAUGACCAAUUUGAAGAGACUCCUCGUCUCCCACAUCCACAUGCCUGAUCCCGAGGAGCAGGAGGAAGAGCACGUUGUCAAAAUUACUUCUCAGUUCCUAAGGCUGCACCAUGUCCAGGAUCUCCACCUGGAAUCCCCCUUCUACCUCGAAGGCUGCCUGGACCAGAUGCUCAGGUGCCUGAAGACCCCCUUGGACAACCUUGGGAUUACUCACUGCCUGCUUACAAAUUCAGACCUGACCCAUCUGUCUCAGAGUCCGAACAUCAGUCAGCUAAAGGGCCUGGAUCUGAGUGGGGUCACGACGACCUACUCUAGUCCUGAGCUCCUCCCAGCUCUGCUGGAGAAAGUUUCAGCCACCCUCCAGGAGCUGUACUUAGAGCAAUCUGGGAUCAGAGACUCCCACUUGGAAUCCAUUCUGCAUAUCUUGAGCCGCUGUUUCCAGCUCAUGUCCUUCAGUCUGCGUGGGAACCUCCUCUCCAUGGCCAUCCUGGAAAAGAUGCUGCGACACACCUCUGGGCUGCCCAGGUUAAGUCAAGAGCUAUACCCUGUCCCUCAGGAAAGUUUCAGCUCUGAUGGGAUCCUCCAACCCAGGAGACUUUCCCAGUGUCAGACUGAACUACUUGAGAUCCUAGAGGACUUGGGACAUCCCAGGACCAUCUGUAUUAGCUUCAUGCCCCUGUCCACCCUGUGGAGAUAA